AUGGCCACCCAUGGAGCUGAAGACCCCAGGAGACCACUCCGGCGCAGUCGCAGACUCUCCCUCCCCCAGCCCAGUCUGACCAUCCAUGCCCAGCCCGCGGUGGUGCAUGCCCCCUCUGCCCGUGCUCUGCCUGCCUGCCCCCUCCAUAAGAACCUCCAAGCCCAGCCUGCAGCCCUGACCCCCAUCCCAGGGCUCUCCCAGUUGAGGGCGCCCCAUGAUCUGCACCCUUCGUGUCUCUCAGGUAUCCCCCCGAGCUGCGCUCCUCCGUCCUCGCCCGGUCCUGUCGUCGCGCCCCGACCCCUCUGCACGCGCAGUGCCAGCGCAGGUGCCCGCCGCUGCUCCCCCCGCAGUGCCAGGUAUGCGAGCGUCGCACCCACAGGUGUGUCCAAGGGCCCGGUCUCGCUCCAGUCUAGUGCCUCCUCAUCUCCCUCCUCCUCAUCUUCUUCCUCAUCCUCUUCCUCCUCCUCCUCUUCCGCUUCAUCUCUCCUCCUCUCGUCGCAGUGCCAGGGUCUGUGCCUGCUGGAAGCCCAUCGUCCUCUCUGCCAGCUGGACCCUCUGAGGUUUGGAUCAGGCCUGCUGGGCAAACGGGCCUCCUCCCCACAGCUCUCCAUCUACCCGACCUGCCCCUCCCCGCCGAAGGCGUCCGCGUCGGCCUCUCACCGCGGGGUAGUUGUUGUGGUGAACGCAGCCAACAAGACCAACAUGCCCACCAACCAGUCCUCCCCGUGGAGUGGCGCCCAGCUCAGGGAUAAGGGCAGUAUGGUGAACGGACUGACGGCGCAGCUCCCCGAUAGUGCUGCAGUGCCUUCCUCCCAUACUCACUCCCGCACGGUGCACAGCGAUCCCUCACAGAAGCUGUGCUGUUGUCCUCUGUCAAACUGCUGUAAGGGAGAUGGGCGGACAGAGGGGAAGGUCGCGACCUCGCCUGCCAGUGUGCCUUCGCAGGAGAAGAACGGGAACAUACCUCUUGGCCAUGACCACGUUCAGGGCGAGGGUCCUCUUCCUCCUCCUUCUAGGCCCGUGACCUUGCGGGCCCAGAAGGUCAGGUCAGAGGUCAAGCUGACGGCGGCCGUGCGCAAGCUUGUGAGGACCAGCAGCGCGCAACUCGGCCGGACGCUCAACGGCUAUGGCGUCACCGCCCGUUCGACCGGCGCCUUAGCAACCGCCGGCGUGGCGUCCAGGAAGUCUCCGCUCCGCAGCCUUACCCAAAACGAGGGGGGUCCCAGUGGCGCUGUGGCACCACCCGCUGAGAACCCUAGCAGCGCCCCCUCUGCGUCCUCGCCCUCCUCUGCCCGCCACUGUGCCAUUCCAGGGAAGACGGCUCCUCCUGGGUCGCCCCUCCAUGCGGCGCCCUCUGUUUACUCCGUCACCUCUGACCUCUCCGCCAUAUGCCUGACCAGGAAGGGCGGUGCCCAGGCUCCUCCUGACAUCGACUGCCCCAGGCCGAGAUCCCCGAUGGGGCAGGGCGCUGCAGGGGGUCCGCCUGAGCUCGAUCCCAACGGCCAGGAGACCGUUUCCAUGCUGCAAGAUGGGGAGGAGGAGGAGGAGGACCUUGCUGAUGAGCUGGAGAAUGACUGCAGUGGGGAUGACAACGAUGGAUCAGAUUCCUGCUCCAUGAACACUGAUGGUGCAUUGGACAGCCCCGAGGAAGCUCUGAGUGUGGAGGAGCCGAUGUCCGUGGAGGAUGAGCGGUUGGAGCGGCCAGCCCUGGUCCCGAGCCUGUUCCCUCUCAUGCCCCCAACACUCUACUUCAGCACAGCCAACGAGAGAGUGGAACUGUUGCCUGCGGAGCAGAGGAAGCUGCUGAAGUGGAGGAUGAGCUCAGUCACCCCCAAUGUGGUCAAACACACCAUCACCAGGUCUCACUUUAAAGUCACCAAGAAGAACGAUGAUUGGCUGGGCUGUUGGGGUCAUCAUAUGAAGUCUCCAGGCUUCAAGGCCAUCAGAGAGUACCAGAAGUUGAAUCACUUCCCAGGCUCCUUUCAGAUCGGACGAAAGGACCGUCUGUGGCGGAACCUGUCCAAGAUGCAGGCGCGCUUCGGCAAGCGGGAGUUCAACUUUUUCCCACGAUCCUUUGUGCUCCCACAAGACAUCAAGCUGCUGCGCAAGGCCUGGGAGGACGGAGGCGGACGCCAGAAAUGGAUCAUCAAACCGCCUGCAUCUGCCAGAGGAAUUGGGAUCCAGGUUAUUCACAAGUGGAAUCAGAUGCCUCGCAAGCGCCCCCUGCUGGUGCAAAAGUACAUUCACAAGCCUUACCUGAUCAGCGGGAACAAGUUUGACCUGCGUAUCUACGUGUACGUCACCUCCUACGACCCGCUCCGCGUCUACAUCUUCAACGACGGCCUGGUGCGCUUUGCCAGCUGCAAGUACUCAUCCUCCAUGAAGAGCCUGGGGAACAAGUUUAUGCACCUCACCAACUACAGUGUCAACAAGAAGAACUCCGAGUACCAGAGCAACAGUGAUGACAAGGCCUGCCAGGGGCAUAAGUGGGCUUUGAAAGCUUUGUGGCAGUACCUGGGCACUAAGGGAGUCAACACCACUCUCAUCUGGGAGAAGAUCAAAGAUAUAGUCAUCAAAACCAUCAUUGCGUCGGAGUCGUACAUCAACACCCUGGUGAAGAUGCACCUGCGAUCCCCCUACAGUUGUCAUGAGCUGUUUGGCUUUGACAUCAUGCUGGAUGAGAAGCUUAAGCCCUGGGUUCUCGAAGUCAACAUCUCGCCAAGCCUGCACUCCAACACUGCUCUGGACGUGGCCAUUAAGGGCCAGAUGAUCCGUGACGUGCUGAACCUCGCCGGCUUCGUGCUGCCGCAGAGAGACGAGCUGCUACCCACAGCCUCCAGCAGCGCCAGCAACUCCACCAGCAGUCUUUGUGCAGGAGGCCGAGAACGCUGCAAGCCAGAGCUGUCUACCGACGAGAAAGUCAAGAGAGCCUUCUACUUAAGUCAGCGCUUCGCCGACCAGGAGUUCUUGUCGUCGGUGCUGGACGUGCUGACCCCUGACGACGUACGCGUGCUGGCGGAGUCGGAGGAUGAGCUGACGCGACAGGGCGAGUUCCAGCGUGUCUUCCCCUCCCCCACCUCCGCCCGCUACCUGCGCUUCUUCGAGCACCCCCGCUACCUCAACAUCCUGCUCAACCAGUGGGAGCAGAAGCAUUGGCAGAACAGGAGCAAAGGUAUUGACCUGCUGAGGAAUCUUUGUCAGAGGGGAGUUCACCUGGGCAACCUGUCUGACACAGUCCAUCAUUGGUCUUCAAAGUCCUACACUGGGCAUGUGAGGACUGACUUGAACAGUAACCCUUCCACUAAGCCAGAGCUCACAAGGUCUAGUGUGCAGGUGACCCUGAGUGUGCCUUCCCUCACCAUCAGCAGCAGCGGAGACGAGGAGGUCCAGUCCGUCACUUGCAGCCUGCCGGACAUCAGCCUGCUGGGCUCAGCCAGUGCCACCCCCACCCCGACCCCCCCCCCUGCUCCAGCUCCAGCAGCUGCCAUCACCCUGCAGACUACAUGUGAGGUGUGGGUGGUUGGGUGUGUGUGUGUGUGUGUGUGUGUGUGUGUGUGUGUGUGUGUGUGUGAGUGAGUGUGGAGGUGGAGUGGCAGGCGAUCAGGAGGAGAGAGCGGUGUCGGGGUAGAGGCAGGCAACCCACUGCAGUGUCAAUUCGCACAGCCACCAGGGGGCGAUGGGAUCAAAGCCUUAACUCCUUACCGCAUGCUACCUUUUCUUUUUUAUUAGUAAUGAUUCAGGGGCUUCCCAGUAAUAACGAGCCGGCGACCGACAAACACGGGCACAGAAAACAGAAAGGCGCAUACACACUCUCAGGAGUCUGUUAAUGGCGUGGGUAUACAGAGUGUGCCUGGUGUGUGUGUGUGUGUGUGUGUGUGUGUGUGUGAGAGCUUUUUGCAGUGGAGGUACAAGCACAGUCCUCCACUCAGAGGGAGGGAUUUUGAGCCGUCAUCCACUAACGCCCACCUCCCCUCGCCCCUACAGUCGUGCCUUGGCUGCUAAGAGAGGAGGAGGUGGUGGGGGGUGAUGGUACUAGCGGAGACGAACAGUCGUAGGUUUACAGCCUUGAUGAUAUUACAGGCCAAAUCUCAACAGUCUUUUUAAACACCUUUUGUAUUACACCAUACUAUAAAAACCUCAAGAGCUAUUACUGAAGGCUUUGCCAUCUCUUCUUCUGUAGUCAUUAGAGAUGACAUCUGGUGUGAGUGUGUUGGGGUGUGUGUGCGUGUGUGUGUUUGAGGAAAGGGAGUAGUGUGUCUGGAUCAGGCCUAUAUAUAGAUAUGCGAAGCCUGUCCAUCAUUGGUGGAAAUCAGAGCACACCUCCACCAACUGCCAUGUCUCUUUACAGUAGCAUGAGCCAAUCAGAUUCCUCUCUGUGGUUUGUUUACAUUGGAGCUCCGCCUCUCCCACCGGGUCUUGGUCCCUGUGGCCAUGCUGGCGUCUCUUUCUUAAAAAACAUGCUACAUGCUUAUAUCUUGUAAUUUGUUUCCCUGUUGGGAAAAGAAAAUGACUUAAGAUUUGAAUAAGUAAUAAAUACACUUUUAAGAAUUGCAA